AUGCCGGCAGCGCUGAAGCCCGUGGCGUGCGUGGGCAUCCUGUGCCAGGAACCGGGGCCAGUGCAUCCUCCCGGGGCCAGCAGCCCGGAGCUGAAUCCAGCACAUCCCGGGAGAACGCUCCCGGAGGCCAGCACCCAGCACCGGGACCACUCCCGGACAGCCUCCCCCGGCCGCAAACCGCUCUCCCCACCCCCCGGGCCCGCUCUCCUGAGCCGGGCUGUGCCCGUGCCCCCUCCCCCCCCCCCGUCCCGGGCCCGCUCCCCGCCGCGGUACCUGGCUCGGCUCCGGCACGGCCCCUCCGCCGGGCGCACCCGGGCCCCGCCGCCGCCGCCCCCCGCGCCGCCGCCCGUCCUCCCUCCCUCCGCGCCGUGCGGGGCCGGGCCGAGCCGAGGAAAGCGAGGCUGCGAUGUGCCCUCCGGCAUUCCCGGUACCCACUUCGCUACCCACCCCGGUAUCCACCCUGGCACUUCGGCGUGCCCGCUAUCUACCCCAGUACCCAGCUCGGGACACACUCCGGGCCCCACUGCAGGACUCACCCCAACAUAUUGGCACCCCCUGGUACCCGGCUCGACCCACCGACAUCUUCAGUACCCACCCAGCUACCCACCCCGCUACCCACCCCGGCACAUCAGCCCCUACUCUGGUACCCAACCCGGGGGCCCACUCCAGAACCCUCUAAGGCAUAUCGGCAGCCCCGGUGCCCACCCCGACGAACUAGCACCUCCGUGCCCACACUCGGGCACCCCACUGCAGGUCCCCCGCAAGGAGCCGGUCCGAGGCCGGCCGGGCUCGUGA